CUCCCUCCUGCUUUCACACAACGGCCGCCGUCCGUCGUUCCAAUCGCUUCUUCUUCCUUCCGCUCAAAAACCACCACCAGUCUCGCCACCAUAAACCCGUUUUGGAACCAGGAGGAGGCGAGCCGGCGCCUGGGUAGAUGUGAGCCCAAGGUAAUGGCCAGGCUGGUGGACACAGGCACACAAACAGAUCCAGUCGUUGUGCUGUCCUUGGCCCAGGCUGCCGUGCUAGGUCUCAUCUCGCAGAAUGAAGUCUUCGGCGCAACCAUUGCACCCAACGGCUUCUACACUGGUGAGCCCAAAGAGUCGCCCGCGCAACCAGUAGACGGAGUGGACUACGAGUACGCAGACCAGCUAAUCGGUGCAAACGGAGAUUACCUUGGGGAUAAUUUAGCGGAGGACGGACAGAUGCAACCCAGCUGCAGUCAGAGAAGAUGGCAGCAGGGGCCACCUCAGCACCCUGAUGUUAAAAUGGUCAUCCCCGAUCGCCAUGCCCUUCAAGGCAGUGACGGGACUGUGUCUCACAUCAAAGGGGAAGUGGUGAACUCGGUCAUGACCUCAUGUGUUCACAUGCUUAACAAUAUGGCUCCCAGGGGGGGGUUGGUUCAAGUGGACCCGGCCACCCUGAGAGGAACCAACAAGAACUGUUCAGAGUGUGAGCGAGAGGCCUCCAACCAGCAGCAAGCCAGCACCCACGUCCACCCUCCUCCCACCCAGGUGACCCACCGAGGAGGGGAGCACAGAGGACUGCAGGGCCAGCGUCCCCUGGGGGGCCACAGUCGAGGUGUCAGCGAGGGUGAGGAGGAGGUAGAUCACCAGGGCAACAACGUGCUGAAGCCUAACCAGCAAGAUGAAGCCAUCAGCAGCUACUUCCAGACCAGCGAAGUGGGUAGCUACGACUCGGGGGAAAUGUCCAUGGGGCCCGAGUACGAAGACGGUAGCCAGAACAUGAUGUGGACGGAUGGUAACGGCGGCGGAGGUGGGCAGCACCAGCAGCCUCAGCCUCCGCAACCCCCCCGGCGACACGGCGGCCGCAGGGUGGACCGCCUGGACAUCAACAUCCAGAUCGACGAGUCAUACUGCGUGGACGUGGGCGACGGAUUGAAGCGCUGGAAGUGUCGCAUGUGCGACAAGUCGUACACGUCAAAAUACAAUCUCGUCACGCACAUUCUGGGCCACAACGGCAUCAAGCCGCACGCCUGCCCCCACUGCGGCAAGCUCUUCAAGCAGCCUAGCCACCUCCAGACCCACCUACUGACCCACCAGGGCACGCGGCCGCACAAGUGCACCGUGUGCAAGAAGGGCUUCACGCAGACCAGCCACCUGAAGCGCCAUAUGCUGCAGCACACCGACGUCAAGCCGUACAGCUGCCGCUUCUGCCGCCGCGGUUUUGCCUACCCCAGUGAGCUGCGCGCGCACGAGGUCAAGCACGAGCGCGGCCGCUGCCAUGUGUGCUCGCAAUGCGGCCUGGAGUUCCCCACUUAUGCCCACCUUAAGCGCCACCAGACUAGCCACCAGGGGCCUCACACCUUCCAGUGCACCGAGUGCAACAAGUCAUUUGCUUACCGCAGUCAGCUCCAGAACCACCUGCUGAAGCACCAGAGUCCCAGACCUUACACCUGCUCCCAGUGUGGCUUGGAGUUUGUGCAGCUGCACCACCUACGCCAGCACUCGCUAACCCAUAAGGGCAUGAAAGGGCACAAGUGCGAGGUGUGCUCCCGUGAGUUCACGCUGUCGGCCAACCUCAAGAGACACAUGCUGAUCCACAACAGUGUGCGGCCCUUCCAGUGUCACGUGUGCUUCAAGAGCUUCAUCCAGAAGCAGACGCUCAAAACCCACAUGAUUGUCCACCUGCCCGUCAAGCCCUUUAAAUGCAAGGUGUGUGGCAAGUCAUUCAACAGAAUGUACAACCUGCUGGGCCACAUGCAUCUACACGCUGGCAGUAAACCCUUCAAGUGUCCCUACUGCACCAGCAAGUUCAAUCUAAAGGGCAACCUAAGCAGGCACAUGAAGGUCAAGCACGGCAUGGAUGUGUCACCUGAAGGACAAGUACUUCCUGAAAUGGAGAGCCAGGCAGAAUAUGAAGGCCAGAACUUCAGCUUCACGUCGGCGGACACCAUGGACAAUAGCGGCUCGCAAAACCUCACCAAGCUGACCACAGCCAACAUGGACGACAUGGAGGAGUACUACAACUUUGGCAAGGACACCAACACCUACACCACACCCUGAGUGGACGCAAGUGUGUGGGGUGGGUGGGUGUUGGGGCCAGCUUUGACUUUGAGCUGCUCAUUUUUGGGACGCCAGUGACUCAAGCCUUGUAUGUUGUUUGUGGAUUUGUUACAAAAAAAAGAAAAACAGAAGAAAAAAAGUUCCACAUCCAUCAGUAACAUUUGAUGUGAUUCAUUUCAUGCACAAGCAACCCUUAUUGUUUGGACUGAAGCGGCUAUGUACUCACUCUAUAUAGUAUAUAUAAAUACCGUGUUUAAUACAUAGUCCCCACUUAUUCUGAGGUUUGAACGCACUUACUUAACAUUACAGUUCUUAUGUGCACUUCUCUCAAUGCAUUUCCACCGCAACUUCCAGGAAGUAUUUCUUGACACUUGGAACUGAAAGGAUCCAAUCGGAAAUAUUCGCCACACCCCAAAGGUUCCUAGACCUCUUGAAAUUACUAGUCAUCAUCUUCUGUUAGGCCCUGGUACCAAAUGAAGGCAAUAGUGGUCCUCACUAUUUGAUUAAUUCCUGCAGUCAAAAUCUGUAAACAGGCCUUUCUUUCAUUAUAGCGCUCCCUUUUUUUUUUCUCCUCUUCUUCCCUUUGGUCCACCCGUUAGAUCUUAGCCCCCCCUCUCUCUUACUUUUGAGAGGCCCAGGAAUCUUGGUGGUGUGGGCACUGAAGUACAAAUACUUUCAGAACCCUCCCCACCACACCAUUCAGACUUUCACCCCAAAAAGGUUUAUAUGCGGUUUAGAUUAACAUGAACAAUAUAACCUUUUUUAUUUUCUUUUUUUUUUUAACAUUUUGAAUAAUUGCACAGACAUGAUUUUUUCCCCUGUUUUAAAGACGGUGAUCUUCAGUGAGCUGGAGGAAAGGAAUUUCAUAAGCACCGGCAAUAUGAUUUAUUUUAUUGUAAACUUUGCUCAACUGCAGUUUGGAACCAUUUUGGGAGGUCGGUUUUCAGCUGACCUGUUUUCACUUUACUUUCUGUUCGAUUCAAAUUCAAAAGACACAUAUUUGAUUGAAAAGCUCCUAAAGUGUAGAUUGUGUACAUAUUAAAAAAAAGUGACUUAAAAGUGGACUGUGGAAGGUCCUGCUUAUAUUGACGAUUCUGUUGUGGAGAGGUGGGCUCCCCCUGUCCUGCCAUGCAGGUCAGUCAGUCUUGAUAUGCACACUCAACCACAGCAACGGUCGACUACUUCAGUGUUUCCCAACCUUGAUUGAGCCAAGACACCUAUUUUACAUUCGAGGAUCUUGUCUCAGUUUAUUUAAAUAGGUACUCCGUGUGAAAUCUGGGCCUGUUCAACAAAACGAUGAUAGUCUUAACUCGCAGGAAGCCAUGACUUAUUCUGUUGUACAAUAUGCCUAAAAGUGAUGAUAUGGUCAAAAAGAUUCUGCACUCGGUCUAGGGCACCAUGGUUGGGACUCACUGGAUUAGUUGAUGAGGAACUAAAAUGUCAUGGAACGUGACCAUGGAUUAUUUAAUAAUAAUAAUAAUAAUAAUUAAAAAAAAAAAAAUCUAGUUUAAAUGACUUGCUUGUAUGUCAUUUGUUUUGGGAUCUUUCUUUUGAAAGACAGGGAGAGGAUGAGAGUGUAAGAGAAUAAAGUCAAUGAAUUUUAAAAAAA